AUGGAGGUCUUAGUGAGCUUUAGAGGUGAAGGUUUUUUGGGGAUUAAGGUGAGGUGGAAAGAUAAUUAUUACUAUGUGGUGAAUAUUUAUUCGUCUUGCGAUAUAGCGAAGAAGAAGAAGAUUAUAUGGGCCGAGUUGCUUGAUUUGAAGAAGAAAUAUAAUGAUGGGGAGUGGAUUAUGGGAGGAGAUUUCAACGCGAUAAAGAAUAGUAGGGAGAGAAAAGGUAGGGCGGUUAGGGCCAUUAGCAAAGAAGAUGAGUUGUUUGCGGAAUUCAUCCUUUUGAGCGACUUGAUGGAUGUUCCGUGUAAGGGUAAAAAGUUUUUGUGGUUUAGCGGUGAUGGUAGAUCGAAGAGUUGGAUUGAUCGAUUCCUUUUAUCUAGCACGGUGGUGAAUAGGUGGGAUGUUGUCGGUCAAAUGAUUGGUGAUAGGGAUAUUUUGGAUCAUUGCCCAGAGUGGAAACACUUGGUGGUCCAUGGUAGAGGCGAUUUUAUCUUGAAGGAGAAGCUUAGACUUCUUAAAGACAAAAUCAAGAUUUGGAAUAAGGAUGUUUUCGGGAAGAGUGACCUAGAGAUUGAAGAAGGAGUUCGUAGCAUUAACACCGUGGAUGAAAGGUUAUAUUUCAAUCCUUUAUCUCCUUCCUCCUUUGAUGAUGGCCAUGUUCUUAGAAAGGAGGCGACGGGUAGAUUUUGGAGGAAUUUAAGGAUUAAAGAGAAUAUGCUUUUGCAAAGAUCUAGACUUAUGUGGCUUAAGGAGGGUGAUUCGAAUAGUGGCUUUUUUCAUAAAGUGAUGAAACAAAGAAGAAGACAAAAUCAUAUAGGUCCUAUUAAUUCUUCGAGAGGUUUGGUGGAAUCGGUGGAAGAGAUUAGGGAGGAGGUGUUUUCUCAUUUUGAGAAUAAGUUUUCCGAAUCGGAGCCGUUCCGACCUACUUUGGACGGUGUCCCCUUUAAGUCCAUUAGUAGGUAA